GAUUCGUAACCUAUUAACCUAACAUGCGUACACGGUAGCGUAUCAGGUGGCUAUCAAUCAGCGCUGAUAACAGCAAUUUCCGCUAACAUUGUUUGAUUGUUAAUGUUUUGUACGGGUAAUAGGAUAUUUUACACAGUAUACACUUUAAGCUACUUCGAUUAGCCUAUAUAACCAUUCUCUGUUUGCAGGGCUGUUUUUGGAGUAGAAGACUUGAUUGUCAUGUUUGGAAAAUCAAUAGUUGCUCCUAUUACUAAGCAUCUGUUUAUUGCUAUAAUUCCCACGUACUCAUUAGGUCAAUCACUAGCUGACCUGAAAUUAUAGCGUUUUUUUGCUCUUUUUACAAAAACAUAAUUUUGAGAAAGUGGUAAUUUUUAAAGGGUUAAAUUAUUGGUACUCGCAAUGAGAAGGAGACCAAAGAGAAUGAUGUAGCUGGAAACAGAGUAUUAAAAGAAUCUUUUACGAGUUAUUUGUGAUGAAUUGGACUUUUGCUACGUUGGCAUGAUCCUUUCUUUCGAGAACAACUAUUAUAGUGAAAUUUGGAAGAAUUUUUGUUUUGGAGGACAAGACUCUAAUUCACAAUGACAAUGACACGCACCUACCACGGAGUUAGCUAAGGCCCAUGGAACUGGCUCAUGUCCUAGCAGGAAGAUACUCGACAAAAAUUCUCUCAAUACUAGUCGUUGGUUUCAGUUUCCAUAUGUUGUAUUCACAUACAGUUAUACAUACACGACUUACACUUUCAUUAAGAAACGAUAUUACUAGUGCAAACACGUCUGGUACAGAGUUAUGCUGAAUUUUAACUGAUCAGUGUUAGGUGCAUCUGAAUACAUCUUUGAACUGAAUGAAGGACUCUGGAUCUUGAAAAUGAAAAUUCUUGAUUACUCAUAGAAAAAAUCUUAUAAAUCCUCAAAGAUUCAUAAAUAUAGAUUUAAAAUAUAGACGAUAUUCUCUAUCUCUAAGAAAUGGUCAUUUUACGCAUUUUUUAUGUUUUUAGCUUCUGAAAUAACCUUUUUUUAUGCUGAUGAAAUAACUCACGUACUUCAAGCAUUCGUUUGCGUAGAUCUGUUGAGCUGAAAUUAUUUUGCCAGUAGCUAUUGUAGUUCAUAGAUCGUAGAUAAUAUUCUUCUUUUGUGGGUUACUCUUAGUCUUGAGCUACAAUUGCUGCCCUUCCUUAACUAAGCUUCCGUGUCUUUGAAGGUUCGUGAAUGUUUGAGCACUCCACUCCUAAUUUGAAUAACACCUCACUGAAGAUUCGAAUGAAUGACUUUUUACAAGAGAUUCCUUUUGCACAAUACUACAACUGAUGAUUAAUAGCAAAUGUAUUCUACGUUUCCUCUAACUUCUGCCCUAAAUUUCGGUUGUAGCCCGGUGCGUAUUGCUUUCUGCGUGUCCACGUUACGUUUAUUGUGAGAGUAGUACAAUCAUAUUGGAGCCGUGACUAGGAUUACACGGUAUUCGCUAAUAUAUUAUGGCAUCUCUACCAUUUACAAUCAUACGAUACUAUCAAUCAGGAGUAUUACUAUGAAAUUCCAGCACUGAUAUAGACUAGAAUAUUAACAAGUCCUUGUUACUUGGUGAAAUCAUGUCUAAUACAUCGUCAUAUGGCAGACGUAAGUUAUUAAUAGGUUAUUAACUCCAAAGUAAGAAAAUGAUUUUAGAUUUAGAUAUAUUUUAUACAUCUCAAAGAUGUGUACCGAGGAAUGGUUCGUAUAUCGGGCAAGCUUUAUAGUAAGAUUUGAUUAUGGUAAAACUAAUAGUGUGAAGGACUUUCGAGACUUAUAAGAAUGAAGACUACUAUCACCUACAGUGUGGUGUCCAUGUACCACGUUAUACUGUUUUUCUUUCCCGCGUGAAAAUUAUAGAAAUUCUAAUGAAACCUAAAAUAAAACAGGUUUUAUGGUAAACCCGUUGUUUGUCAAUUUGAUAUCUAACUCCCAUUUUGUAACUGCUCUCAUCGUAUGGAAAGGCUGCUCGAAAACGCUACUGAGCAUGUGCGCAAUCUGUCACGCGUGUGUUUAUAUGCCAGCCAGGAGAAGACGAACCUCCCUCGUUCUCGUUCCGGACUGUUCGCGUAACCUCCGCCAUAACGCCAUUCAUAUGGCCGUUUUCCCUGCAUCAUCGUGGUGCUGUCACAUUUUCUUUUAAACUGCUGGAAAGUGCUGGAAGACGGCGGUACACCCGCUGCAAAAACCCGAAACCAAAAAUCCGAGAGGUUUAGAUCAAUUGAAGCGUUCCUACACAGUGAAACAGGGCGGAUGAAAGGCAUCCAGUUUUAGUGUCAUUUAGUGAUAAGCAAACACACAGUGGUCGCAUCGCAAAGAAAGGUAAACAGUGUUGCAAUAUCCAACGCAGUAAAGGCAGCAAGACGACCCCACGCAAUAAACUCUGGACAUCGCGGCGGCCUGAGGUAGCGGCGAGGGGUUUUGCGAUUAUGAACCACCGAAAGGGUCUGCAACUUGAACGGUUUCCAACGCAGCAGCAGGAAUCGCAGCAGAGGCAGCCAGGCCGCAGACAGGAACCGAGCGUAGUAGUUAGUACGGCAGUAGCUGCGUGCUAGUGCGAUGGUGCUCAGCACGGAGUGGUCCCAGGUGGAGAUAAUCGAUCUAAUCAAUGAUGGUAACGGGCUCGGGUUCAUGCUGGUCGGAGGUCGCAGUACGGGCGUGGUGAUAAAGGCACUCAUACCCGGCUCGGUGGCCGAGCGGGACGGUCGUCUACAGAGCGGUGACCACGUGCUGCAGAUCGGCGACGUUAAUCUGCGCGGGUUCAGCUCGGAACAGGUGGCCACCGUAUUGCGCCAGUCGGGCCAGCAGGUGCGCCUGAUUGUGGCCCGACCGGUCGAACCGACCUCGCCCGACUAUCAAGCCCUCGCCAGCCAUGCACCGAUCAUCCCGACCAAGAUGCUUACCGAUCCGGACGAGCUUGACCGGACGCUGCUCCAAACCGCCGGCUAUACGUCCGGGGCGUUCCUGCAGCCGAGUGGUACACUGGCACCGGCCGCGCUUGGAUUGUUGGCUGCAACAACCACAACUCCCACCGGUGACCCAGCGGCCGGUGGUGUCCUCUGCCCAACGCACAUCGAAGUCGUCGCCGUCAAUAACAGUCUCAACAGCAACGGUACGGUUGGUUCGCUGGAGUCAACGAACGGUGGCACGAUGGCACUUAUUUCACCCACCUCCAUCGCGCUGCCCGCAUUGCCACCACACCAGCUUCACUGUCAAGCGAUAUCCACCAUCACCUCGCUAUUGGCAGAUAAUGGUGGCGAAAGUGUGAUGGGUGAAUUGCUCGGGACACCACAGUCACCACAGUAUAGCGAACUGGAUGGUGUACCGCCCGACACACCCGAGACGGAAACGUACGAGGUGGAGCUGCGAAAGAAUGUGUACGGACUAGGUAUUACCGUCGCCGGGUACGUCUGCGAGGAGGAGGACCUAUCCGGGAUCUUUGUCAAGAGUAUCAUCGAGGGUAGUGCGGCGGAGAUGAGUGGCAAGAUAGCGAUUAACGAUCGGAUCGUCGCCGUUGACAAUCGCUCGCUGGCGGGCGUUACCAACCAUCAGGCGGUCGAGAUUCUGCGCAACACCGAUAUUGCGGUGCGGCUAACACUGGAGCGGUUUCUUCGUGGACGAAAGUACGAACAUCUGCAGGUCGCACUCAUCGAUCCGAUGGUACCGACGACUACCGCACAGUGUAAUGCGACAGCAAACGUGCCAGCUUCCUGUCAUGCGCCCGGUGAAAGAGGACGCAGCAAUGGAACGAUACAUACAACGUCACAUCCCAGCAGAGUCGGUAGUGGUGGUGAUCUGGUAGGGAUGGUACUGUCGCACUCUCAGACACUCUCCCAUUGUGCGUCCCAAUGUCAAUCGCAGCGCUGUUCGAUCGUGCAGUCACCAUCGGCGACGACUCUCUCGAUCUGUCCUGCCCGGUCGGAUGCCGACUCCAUACUGACCGAGUGCGGUGGGUACGAGUGCGGUGGUAUUGAGCCAGAGCUCGAAUCGGGCACAACGUUUGACUCGAGUGUGUUUGCACUGGAGAACGGUACCGAGGCACCACCGUCUGACGGUGACGAACUGCUGCCCGAUGCGGACGACACACUGGACGGUGUCGAAGACGAACACCGUGUACUGUACGCGAAUGGGUCGGUACUGGCUAUGGUAGUGUCAGCUACCACGCCACUAACAACCGCCGACAGUGACAGCUGUGAUACACGAACGGCACGGGGCCGUAACGACGGUGCAGAACCGGAUCCGGUGGUGCAGCGAUGGUCACGCGAAGUCCCCCACAGCCAAAUCGUGGUUGCCGACAUCCGCAAACUAGCCGGACUGGGCAUUAGUCUCGAAGGUACGGUUGAGGUCGAGGGUGGUGUAGAGGUGCGUCCCCAUCACUACAUCCGCUCAAUCCUGGAGGAUGGGCCGGUCGGACGGGACGGUCAACUAAAGCCGGGUGACGAGCUGCUGCAGGUCAAUGAACACCGGCUCCAGGGCUUGAAGCACAUCGAGGUGGUGAAGAUACUGAAGGAGCUACCGGCACAGGUGCGCGUAAUAUGUGCACGCGGCAGCUCACCCCCCACUGUGAUCAAUACGUCGCGUAAUGCGGAAGCGUUCGAGGCGCGCAGCAUACUGGCGGGCGGUUUGCAAAGCCUCCAGAGCCUGCAGGGUAUCCUAACGAAGGCCCAGUCGGAAAGUUCGCUCUACACGUCCAGCACGGCAACCCUCACCGAUCAGCAGCGUUCGAAGUCGGUGGAGCAGGUGUCCGGGUUGGCACUGUGGACAAACGAGGUGCUCUACUGUGACAUCGAGAAGACGGAGCGUGGCUUCGGUUUUUCGAUACUCGACUAUCAGGAUCCGCUCGACACUGACGGUACGGUGAUUGUGGUGCGCGGUCUCAUCCCGGGCGGUUCGGCCGAAACGACCAACUUCAUCUUUCCCGGCGAUCGGCUCGUAUCGGUCAAUGGGCACAGCCUGCAGAACGCUACGCUAGAUCAGGCGGUCAGCAUACUCAAGGGUAUACCGCUCGGACCGGCCAGGAUCGGUUUGUGCCGGCCACUGUCGACGUCCGACAACAAUCUGUCCUCCACACCGGAAACACCUACCACCUAGCCAGCCCGGUAGCGAAUACCGCACAAACAUUGCCCAACGCUCUCCUCAAUAUUCUUCCAAUGAUCACGUACAGGAGGUGCAAGCAGUCAGGUAGAAGCCAGUAUGUGUAGGGCGGAUGUGUUUCAAAAUGUUCAAUCAAGCGAGUGCCUAAGAGUUUGCCUUUAUCUCAACCAUAACCCUUUAUCCCUUCGCAUAAACCGCAAUCGCACAUUUGCUCCAGUUAUUUCGUGUGUCCACCUUCUGCGAACGGAUGUGCCCCUUUAUGGAUGCUAAUUUAUGUCUCCAUCAAUAUUCAUUUCCCACCCUUGCUUACUGAUGUCGGUUUGAUUGGUAUGAUUUAUGCGAGUAGCGUCACGACUUUUACACCGAGUGGAAUUUUACAUUCCAUGGCAUGGAACAUCUUCCAGCAGUGCUGGUACGGGUUGUUUGAAGGUCGUGUGUACUCUAUUUUCAAGUCCCUACCAAAGAAUAUAGCUGCAAAGACGGUCCCGGGACGAACAACGUUCAGGCGAACGUUACGAAUUUUCCUGUUCUUAAAGGACAAUGUCGUAAAAUAAUCGAAGUACAAGCUACCGUUUCACACGCUGUCUGCCUGAGUUAGUUUUGUCCGCUCGGUCAAAACUUGUGCAAAACAGAAACCUUCACAUUACCAAAAUGUCGAUUGUCUGCCUGUGUCCACAAGGACGCUCGAUUAUAAAUCAAGUGGAAGGGCUUCACUUUUACUUCGGCCGAUAUUGUCUUUUCGAGCGCAAUAAUUUGUUGACAUUAGUGGAUGGGGGAUGGGAGUGAGAAAUACAUAAUACCAAAAAAAAAUUAUCAACAACCUUUCAUACCGGUGACCCAUGUCGGGGGCAAUGAUUAUUUUGGCGAGUAGAAGGUACAAACGGGGCGGAUACCAUCGUUUCUACUGCACCUAGCCCGCAAACCGUUGACCGAGGAGGUCAUUAAUUUAAGCGGUAUUAAAUUUACAGUCCGUAUCUUUUGGGCCGGCUGAAGCGUCAGUAUGACAUCCGGACGUCCGGGUUUUUUGGGGCGAUAAAUCGAACCGUCGCAAUACACGUCGCUGUCGCAGCUAGAAAGCUUUCAUACCGUAAAAGUUUACUCUCCUGUCUAGUACGACUGGGGAAGCAUCCAGCAGUAACAGUUUACUAGAUUGUUUUGCACCAGCAGUGGAAAAUGAAAUUCAAUUAUCAUCUAAUGUCAACAAUAAAUAACCCUCACUAUGCUAGCGACGCGCUUUCACCUUGCCGGCAUUGCAGCGCGUACCGGUCGCUCACCCAAUGGUUCAUUAGUGAUACUGUCAAAUGAUUUGGAAGGCGGUAAGGUUUAGCCCAAAACUAUUGUACAACCGUUUUGUGCUUCUACACCGAACCCUUUCUCCACUAGCUGGGGGUUAGGUGUGUGUGUACACAGUGGAAUUCUACUAAAUCCUCUUAUCGGAAAAACCGUAUCUGCUGCAAACGGUGAGGACAGCUAUUGUGACGCGCUUUAAUGCCUCGGGUCAUCGAUGUAGAUAAACAUCAUGGACGGGGUUUUUGCGUUCAUCGCGUUCGUCGCGAAACUUGAGCCUUGAGGCUUUUGCGGCAAACUGUAUUAGAGAGAGCGGCACACACACCCACACACCCGUAGUACGUGUCCUGUCUUAUUAUCGGCGUCAUGCUAUCGUUGCAUUAACGCCACAAAACCCGGCAGCCCGCUCAAUCAUACUCCAUCCAUCAACCGGCGCUAUAGUGCUUCACCGUGCCCCCGUGUCUGUCAAUUCUUCCGUUCCCUUCACAUUCUUCGGGUGGUGUCGGAUGACACCUUCAUUGGGAGAACGAUGAGUGAUGAGCGUGUGGCACUGGUGAGGAAAUUAGAUAGGGAUGAAGAUAGUGGUUCUGAUUCUUUGCGAAAAACUUCCUGACAGCUUCCGCACCGUACACGGUCAAGCUUCCGGGUUGUGCAUGUCAUCAGCCUACAACUAGCUUUUCCUUUUUGCCACUUCCCCUUCCCCUUCCACCAAUUUUCCCCUAGCAUUAUCCCCUAGCUUCUAUGAACAUAAGCAUACAAACAUCAGCAGCUUCACUGCGGAUGGGUAGUAAAUUAAGUCAUAUUGCACGUACUUGUACGCCUCCAGUCGAGUGGUCGGGUUGAGCUUUUACUUUACAUCUGGCUGACGCUGUGAUGAAGCGUUUCCGCCCCAUUUUCCCCCUAUCAGCUCGACGCUGAUCGAUGAGUGUUCUCGAGGUGACGGAAAUUCGUUACGCAAAAAAAACACACACACAACGCCGGUGUGUUUGGACUUGCGUGGUUGCAUAACGUGCUCAAGAAUGGCAGCGUUCGACGUGCUGAAGAUUGCACAACCGUGCGCUACUCGAAACGGAACGAGGCAUCCAGCCUUGGAGCACCGGAGUUGAGCACCGCUCUCUUACUGAGGAAGGUUGAAUUCCUGCUUAAGAAGCACUUGCUGUUCUUCCGUUAUCACUUUCCAUCACACGUCGCUAUCUACGUCUAAUCAACAAGAAUUCAUCACCAACAAAAAUAAAAUUCAUUUUCGAGAUUUUUUCUCAUCUUUAUAUUAAAAUGUACAUAAAAAACCAUCUUUGAAUUAGUACGAGUACUAAUGCCAACAAAGUGUGUGUCAUUUGACAGCUGAGCAGUGGCUUACAAAGCGCAAAAUUAUAUCGCAUGCAUGCAUAUUUUCAUAGUCUCCCGGUAGAUUCGCUCACACGCGUCUCCCGUGCGUAUUACAGCACACGCACACACACAUGAAAAUGAGAAAACUGGUUACUAACAGUCAGGAAGUGGUGUGUGCAUAAAUUCCUCGGUGAUUUCCGUUGCGUGCGGAAGAGGUGAGCAGAAUAUUCCUCCGCCCAUCUCGCUUUUCAACCAUGUCCAGUCUUACCCCUUUGACUCAGGGAUGGAAUUGGUUCGGUAAUAAUACUGGGACCCAUGAAAUGAAACCGGUACGAAAGAAGGGGAACCACGCUGUUCCGUCCCCUAAGCUAAACCAUCUACCCUGUGGAACCGUUUUCAGACCAUUAGUGGAAGUGAAAGUGUAGACCUUUUUCCUGCCUUACGCUUUAUCGGACUUUACCUACUCAUCGUACCCGUUCUCGGAUACUGUUUCCUCUAAGGUUGAGCAAAAACAAUACCAAAAACAAAAAAGUUACCCCUGUCUCUUUGCUCGAGAACAAACCGGGAAACCGACGCCUAAGAAUUCUCUGUCCCGGAACCUAUUCGUGCCGAGAGUGAAUAAAAAGGGUAUAUGCAUGAGGAUGAUUGGGACAAGGCAGAGUCAAACAAACUGCCCCAGUUGUUUCCACUUUGCCACCCACCUGUCGGGAGGGAAUCCGGCUUCGGAAUGAACGAAAACGCUAGUAUAGGCCGAUGGAACCCCGAUUCCAUUCCAGCGCCUGAAGUUAGGCAAUGUGGUUUACUUUGUUUGUGGGACGGGGAGGGAAAAAGUUGGCCAAACUUUGGCCAAACUCCCGGCCAAACUUGCGCUCAAAACCUGGUAAGCUCAUCAGUGUAAAUCUAUCCAGAUGACUGCCGACAAGCUGUUGUGCGCUUUGUCAACUGCACACACGCCACACGUUCGGAUGUCCGGAUGAGCGUUUGCUUACACACGGCUCCGCUUGGUGCUGUCAAUGAGGAUGGAUUUAUUUCACAGACAGUACUUAGACGCCACUAAUGCAAUAAGUUAUGAGGAAUUGUGCCGAUGACGGAAAGGAGUUGACAAAUGGCAGGAUGUCAUGGUACUUGGAUCAAUUUGUUUCGUUUUUCGAGCCGUUAGAGAUGAACACGCAACACUAUUUUAGGUGCGCCAGCUUAAGACGCGACCACUUAAAGCCAGUUCAAAUGUUUGUGACCCACUCCUCUCCCAUUGGCCUUCCUCGAGCAAGGAAGUUAUCUUAACUCCUGGGAAAUACCCCAAGGAAUCUCCAAAAGCUCCAAAAUUAGUUCCCUUUUUUAUGCUAACCAAAGUUCACCAGAGGAAUUAAAAAAAAAACACGGACAAAAGGGCCACCGGGAGCAAAUAAGCAAACAGUCACAAGUUGUGUCCCUUUUAGCCUGAAAGAGUCGAGGUACAUUGAAAGGUUUUCCUACACCUUCCUGCCGCUUGCCAGGAACAACAUCCGGAGGCGCUAGCUGUGGUAGUCUCUAGUCUGUAAACAAAUGUUAGCAACACUCUAUAGCACUUUCACAGCAUUGGUUUCAUGUGAUUCGGACUUUAAUAUCGCACGCAUUUUCUUGGUAAUUUUAAUGCAAGGCAUGUGCGACUGUUGUAAAAGGGAAGUUUGUGCUUGGUUGUGAUUCUGCAAGGAUAUCUACCCCCGCCUCAUAUGCAUAAGGUACGCGCUGGGAUAUCGCAUCGUUUCCGCUGUAUGGAAGAAACUUUACAACAACUUUUGGAAAGCAUACCUGGCGAUGCUUCGUCUACCACAUCCCCUUUGCAGGAAUGGACGUCACGUCAGGUCGCUCUGGAAGUAGAGGUCGUCUUUGGGUUCGCUAGAAGCGUGUGGUUUAGUGAUGUACUUGUUAUGAUGAGCAUGAAGCAUCAUCAUACUGGUAUUUGUUGUUUUUUCUUCUUCUCCGGAUCGCACACGCUGCUUCCGAAGGAUUAUUUAUGUCCACCAGUACGGACAUAUACAUCCCGGCAUGUCACCAAAUGGUGGGGAAUUGACAUAUUUAUUUAAUACACCAAAGUUUGGUGCUCCUGCGUAAAGAUGCGUAGCAAGAUGUAUAACGAUGGUAGAAAGGCAACACAGAGCACAAGAGCAUUACGCAACAGUUUACACUAACUUUUCAUUUUGGCGUUACCGGCAGACGUUACGGUACAGUGAUGUUGUCUUGUCGUUCCAAACCACGCCAGCUAAACUGUUAUUCUUGUUUUGUGCACGUUCUCGUUCGCAGUCGUUUAUUUGAAUUUUCGGGAGUUUCAGCCCUCGCCGCAGGCGUAGCCAUUCCGUUCGCACCGCAUCUGUCGUGCGUGUGCGUUCGCGUGCACCUAACCUUCUCCCCGAACGUCCGAUAUGGUGCCUCGAUACUUACGGUUCGUAAGCAACUUGUUGGACGUACGACGGAUCUGUUCCGCCUGCACGUACACCGGAAAACGCGAAGAGGACGGUAGUACAUGAACGCUACCAGGCAGCAAUUUUGCGGCAAAGUCAGCAUUUGUUCUGAAGCAAUAAAUUUUCCCGCCAGGCAGGCGCGAAUUUCAUGACCUCGUUUCGGACAGGGGCAACUCAGCCUAACGUGCUGCCCAACUGUACACGACCGCGAACGGAGGCUGAGGGUUUUUCUUUACAAACGAUCGAAUUGGCCAAGCUGUUCACAAUCGCAUUACACAAGAAUUUUAUUAUUUGGUAUAUCGCGCGGAAAGCAUCGAAGGGGAAAUUGGAUGCGUAAACCAAAUUGGAAGGGGCGGGGGGGCUUUGGUCCAUCCGUUUAAAUAAUUCCAUUAAAUCCAUUUAAAUAAAUAAUAAUCCAUUUAAAAUAGUUUUGCGACCCCAAACGCCAUCUUGAUUCGCGCACCAAGCUGUCGACGUGUUUUGUUUAAAGCUUCGCGUAUGUUUUUUUUGUUGUUGUGAACGUCUGUAACAGUAGUAAAUGUUGGCGUUUGCACACAAUUUGUUCGCCUGCUACCAGUUGUAUUGUAUCAAUUAUUUCGCAGCGCUUUUCGCACCGGAUGGAAUGAUUAGGAAAGCAAAGUAGGAACCAUUCCCGGGUGGAAUCUUUGCCGCAAGCUGCGAACAGAGCACCAGGGAUACAGUAGCAAUGGAAACAAAUACCCCAGCCUCCCUCUCCAAAAAAAAAUGAAACACACACACGUACUGUGUAUUAUGUUGUGAUGAAAUCCUACCAAUAGAUCGCCUUUUGUUUCAACGGUUGAAUACGGAGAAACAAACUCCCAUCCAAUAUGGCGCCUCGUUGGCUACCGGCGUUGACUAGUGAAGCUGAGCCUUUUGCUUCAACCGUCCGUGACAUAAUAUAAUCCCAAGCACACACACACACACACACUGUUACAUUUGCCCAUGCAGCACCGAAGAUAAAAAAGCUGCUUCAUCAUUUGCGGUGGAGGUGUUAAAAAAUUCAACAACCUCCCGAAAAAUGUACUAAAACACUACCACCCGACACACACAAACACCGUUGCCAGGAGCUCGAGAUGCUGACUGUAGCGAAAGAUAAGGAGACAGUAAGAACGGAAAAAAGACAGGUGGGGGAAAACACACAGACACAUAUACAAUACACUAUCAGCGCACAGCUUGUUCACCUUAGUGUGGGGAUUGGACUAGUAAAUCAACGCCACCUGAUCGUUGUGAGGUUAGCUUGGUACAAACUUUGUUGUGCUUUGUUGCCUAUUUUAGAUUUGAUGGGCAGGACGAAACAAUCGCGAAAUGCGUACCACAAGCACCACAUUUCCCGAGAGGUUUCGGCACGGCAAAACACCGUAACGUCCACUCCUUUGUUGUCCUUUUGUUGUUACGUACUUCAUGUGGUACCGUAAGGCACGAGUGUCCUGUCAGGUUCAGUGAAUUAAAAAAAAACACACAACACAACCAACGAGAAACGAUGAUGAAAACCCAGAACAAAAGCACACCAAUCCAUGACCAGCGCAAAUAGUAGUGUGUUUCGCAAACAAUCGUUUUGUGGUUAAGAUCGUUGUUUGUUUGUGUGGGUGUGUGUUUGUUUCUUUUUUUUAUUAUAACGCCACAUGGGCAGAGCUGCCCACACAGUACAGAAAAAACCCCUGCAGGGUACCAUACAUGACUUGGGAACAAUGGUCACGAUGGAUAAUCCACUCUGCAGCCGGUCUUGGUAAUGGAUGGGCAUGAUGGGCAGGAGCAGUACAAAGACUGAGUCACUCAUUUCAUGUAGCCGGAGGUUUUAAGCGAUGAAUAUCCGAUCCCGGGUGCACCAGGAUCCGGAUGUUUGCUGCGUCACGAGUUUCACGCUGAGUGAAAGCAUCCACAAUGCCUGCUGGGAAAUCCCUCCCCUCCCUUGUUUACUCUCUCUGAAACCGAAAAAAAACCUCUGGCAGCAAAGAGAUGUUUGUCUCCGGCACGUCCACUAGCUUAAUGUGAAAGACGAACGUCUGGGACCCAUUUUGGGGACCAAAAAACAGGUUACUGUCACUAUUUCGAACUAAAGUUUUAAUGCAGAUUGCUAUUGGUUGGAAGAAUCCAUCAAAUUGUGCCAUGUAUGCAUCUUUAAUUGAAUUGCAUGUGCAGUAUGAGCAAUUCUUAGUAAUUGUUAGGUUUUGUUCCUGUUUCCUACUCGCUGCCUUACUUUACUGACGUCAUUCAAGCGAAUCAGUUAGGAUGGCUAGAAAUAGGCAUUCCAAAUGCGCCUGUACCGGGAAAACAGCACCAGUUCCAUAUUACUCCCUGAUUGGAUUGGAAAACUGGUAACCGCUUGAAUUCACUCCUACACGUAUGUGAUCCAUUCGACUGUGAGCAGUGGUGGCACUCACUCCGAAAAAAAAACCGGAAAGAUGCAAAUUUUGUAUAAAAAUCCCGAACGUACCUUGUACGAACCAUGCUGCCUAACCACUGCUGGUCGACCGGAAAUACAACUCAGGACCUUCGAAUGGUAACGCCAGAAACGGUGGGCUAGAACGAGAGAGAAAGAAAGAGAGAGAGGAAACAUUGAAAAAAAAAAACAACAAAAUCCUAUCCCUGCUCACCGUACAUAAACGUACGCAAGUUAACGCAACCUAACGCAACCAAAAUGCGGAUUGCCGCGUUUCAGGCGUUUUUUUUAUUAUUUUUCUUCCUCGCUAUUUUCCUUUCCUUUGGCCUAUUUUUUCGGUGUUGAUAUUGAUCAAUCAGAAAGCAUCUGGUCGAUUUGCGGAAAAAAAAGAAACUAAAUGGAACCGCGGGAUGGAAACACAUUUCCACCAUCCCGCACGGUUUCGCACCCUUGCGUUGUCAAAAAGGUUUUAUAACAGUUUUUCUUUCUUUCUUUCUUUUUUUUUUGCCAAAUGUGUCCAAUGUCCGUUUGAUACCAAUUUCACCUGUCGGUGCUAUCGCAUAAAGUAAUCGAUACACGAGUUGUUUUGUUUUAUUUCCUAUUAUCAUCACGCGUUAUUGGUUUGUGUGCCAUUUGCAUUUUCCUGUCAUGCCAUUCGUUUGCACUUAAGUAAUGAACUCUAGGUCAUCGACAUACUAAGAAUAAUACUAUUAAAUGGAUUACGGUCUCUACGUAGCAACGGUUGGAUCAUCGCUAUGGGUUUUGGUUUUAUCUCGCUGGAAAUGACAUGUUUUUUUGGAUUUGCUUUGUGCAUUUCUUUUUAAACUUGAAAAUAAAAUACUACAGAACACUCAAACAUUUUGUUUGGACAUUCGGAACAGGAAUGAGUAUUUUUUAAUAGUGUUUAAAUGGGAAGUAACAUGAUUUCCCAAGGUUUCUGUUUAUAACGUCGUAUACGCGCAAACGGGUGCCAUAAAUUAUCCGCUCAGGCAUGAAAUCGAAAAUGGCUCCCACAAUACAAUUAUUCUCCUGCAGCGCACACCUUUUCUGCUCCAGCACGGAUGGUUGCCUUUUCCACCUCAUCGAAAUGAAAUUAUUUUCUUUUUCAUGAUUAUUUUUCUUCUCAUUUUGUUUUUUUUUGUACCAUUGAUAUUUUGUUGUCGACUCAGUUGUCUUGCUAAAUGCUUGCAAUUAACAUUUUUAUCGAUUUUUGUCCCAUAACCUGAUCCUUGACAUUCGCCGUAUAGCCGGAUAGAGGGUUAUGACGAAAACGGCGAUAGAAGGUCGAGAAUGUGGUGGUGGUAAAUGAUUUCUUACGGUUUAAUUCGAACCCAUUGACCUGGUUUUUGGAGUGUAUAUGAAGGUAUUCCGCACUGUAGUCAAGCUAUAUUAAAAUGGUUUUGCUGGCUUUUUUCCUACUUUUUUGUAAAAUACCCAGCUUGAUUGAACUUAUGAAACACACUGAAAGAACAAUAACAAAAGACCCUUUUCCUAAGGUUCUCGUAUUAAAUUACGAAAAAAAAAUGCAUAAAAACACUAAAUCAGGCACAUGAUAAAUAACAGACGAAAACAAAAACAUGGAAGCGUAGACGAGAAAAGGAAUGUAAGAUUAAAACUAAAAUGGUAAAACAAAUAAAUGCGUUAAAGAAAGAGAGAAAAAUAAAUAAAGAGAGACAGAGAGAAGUAAGAUAAAAAUUAAACAACACAAAAACAACCCACAUACAACGUUUUCCACCAUUCUAGGAAUAGUGAAACAAAUCCCCAUUUAAACGAGGCGUACUAGAUGUAAAAGCGUCCUUUUUCAUAAUAUCAUAUUUAUAUCUUCCUAAAAACGAGACUAGCAGCGGCCUUCGGCAAUAUAUAGAACAAAACAAAGCUAAAACAAGAAUUAAAGCUCCCUUGAAUGAUAGAAAGGAGCGGUAGAGAGAAAGAGAGAGAGAGAGAGAGAGAGAGAGAAAGAUAGAGAGAAAAAAAUAGAAGGAGCAGAAUUAAAUGAGAACGCAAAAGCGUGGUUUUGCUUUCUCAGCACGGGCACAAAAAUGGAAUGGUUCUGUAUUUCAUAGAUAUUUCUAUUAUCCCAAACUACACACUGUGACGAUCUAAGUAAGUAGGACUAAUUAAGAAUUGCAAGCUAAUCACGCCGAAGAGUGUAAGUAACUAUUUUAUCGAAAUUAUUAGGAAACGAAUAGAGCAGGAGCCGAAAGCAUGAUGUUACAUUAGACAAUGAGGGAGAGAGUUAAAAUCUCAAACACACAACAGGAAAACACACAAGACAGAACCCUGUUGAUGGUGUUGUAAAAGUUGACUAACAAGUCAUUAGCCAAGCCAAAGUAAGUAAUUUUCCAGUGCGAACGGCAUAACUUCAAACAUUAUGUCGUAUAUGGUUGCAUAACUUUUGGGGGCUUUUCGUUAACGAAACAAUCCCCAAGUAAGUAUGCAAUCCGUGAGCACGCAGCAUCUAUUUCACACUUGCAGCCGCUUUGAUAAUAGCGUGUUUGUCUGUUUUUACAAUGCCACUAGCUGACAUGUACUCAGUGUUAUUCCCCCUCCCAAGCACAACACAAAACGUACUAAUGUUUAGACAAAAGAAAAUAUACCAAAAACAGCAGCAAACGGUCUAGUGAUGGUUAGUUAGCACGGUGAAUAAACACACUUAGCAGCUCUGUUUCAGCCAAUGACGCACAUAGGAUAACGAACCAAGGUGUAUAUAUGUAUGUAUGCACAAAUUGUGCAUAGCGGCUUUUUAUGUUGUGAUUUCCGCAUGUAUGCAAAAUAACUAAUUCAGUUUAGGUUAGGUUAUAACGAAAACCCAUUCAAAAUUUACCUAAGGCACAAGCGUUAGUUAUAACACUGUAAAUGAUUGGGUUCCGGAUGUACCUAAUGGGUUGUUUUAUGUGACUAGAGAUUUGUUAUUUUUAUCACACACACUCCCACACAUUACAUUGCAGAUUUUGUACAAUAGUGCAUUAAUAGUAGACUGUCAAAUAUGAAGAUGAUUCUAAUUACACCAUAUUAUCCACAAUGGGCAUUAUGAAAUUCUGUUCAUCAUUUACUUAAUUUUGUUGUUUUUUAAUCAGCCCCACAAGUACUCGUACAUGGUAAAAGCAAAAUGGAUAGAAGUGUAUUUAUUUUGCUAAAAAAAAUCCACCACUGCAUGUGGGGGAGUAUGCGCCUGAAAGUAUGUUAUGGUGUUCCAAUGUUCGCCUAUCUAGGAGAUUGAGAUUGCCGGCUAGUCAGAACAAAAUAUAGUAAAAGAUGUCACGUACAUGAUGUAAAAUGAAACAAAACAGCAUUAUUGCAUACACCUUUCGGCGUUUUCAACUAGUCUGGUAAAUUAAUUUCAAAAGGUGUGGUAUACUUACGCCAACAAAUGUAAUCCCAAAGCUUUCGCGCUGAUUGAUCAUGUUUGCAAACUUUGCUUUUUGUACCUUUUCGUAAGCAGGUAAGAAUCAUGCGUUAUAUAUUUGACAGCAACAAUUGUCCGCUAACAAAUGGUAAUCAAAUAGACAGUGCGUUUUCCAAAAUAUCGAACAAUAUCAGCCGGUGAGUCCGUAGUGAGCUUGACGCUAAGUGAACUGUGGAACUGUAGUGGUGAUAGUUGAAUACACACAAACACGUGCAAAAUAAAUUAAGACGAGAUGACACGGUAGAAGCGACACAUUGAUCAUUAGGCGUUUAUCCUUUCUGCACCGGAACUAUCCUUUUUAAGAGCGGAAGCCUCCGUAUCGCUUCUGAUAAAUGUGGCAACCUGACACACACUAAUUCAGAGCAUGAAUUCGGAAACCAGUAAGCUAGUGCACAACACAACAAUCUUGUGAUAAUCAGUGAGUGUUCGUUAAUCUUUGUUUAUGAGCAGCGGGAAACGAUGCGUAGUAGUAAGGCUUAGGGCAGAUGGAAACGACUAAUCGACGAAACAAAAAAAAGUUACAUAAGCUUUUGGUAUUGCGUUAGUGUUAGUUUAUGCUUUUAAUUUCGUUGUUUAGAUAUAUAGAGAUCGCGUAUGUGUAUCGUUUGUUUGUAAGGGGGGGUUUUAAGAUUCACAAACGACGAUACUAGACUGCUGAUGUGAUGCUACUGUAUGUACUCUUAUCAACGCACCAACUCCUUUAAAUGUAUGGUCCACGCGGACACUAAGGUAGCACCAGAGAGAAAAGAAAAGCUCCAAGCAGCAUGGAAGAACGAUGGCGGGUGGAACCGGUUUGACAUAUCACAUCUAACUGAAGAAAAAGAAAUAAGUACUACACACAAAACAACAAAACAAACUCCCCUGUGACAGAGUGAGAGCAACAUCUGGGUGAAGAAAAUGGGAAGAAAAAACGUUAAAAAGUAACAUUUUUUCAAAUACUGCUCGCAGAAAAUAGGAACUAAUUCACCAGGCGGAAGAAAAAAGUAAACGCAGGUACUGUUUCCGCAUAGAUAUGCCUACAUAACAAUAAGUGGAAACUAUGAACCAAUUAAUCUUUAAAAAUAAACACAGUAUAGGAAGGCAAUGAAUACACUAACAAUCCCAAGCGAACCGAACAUCUUUUUGUCAGACCUUUUCCUUGAGUUAAAAUGAAUAAGCGAUAAGCAAAACAUGCCGUAUGGUAAAAAAAUAGGAAAAAAUAAUAAACCGUUUUAAACAUGACAGAAAAACUCAUAACAUUAAGCUUUUUAUUGGUACAAAUAGUUUUGCAUUACAAUGUAAAUUAUUAUAUGUUUGUACACUACAAACAGUGAGACAAGAAUUAUAGGCUUUUCCCUACUUCUGUAUCUUAUGUUUGUGAAUACGUAAAUAUGAAACACCACAGUAUAAACGCAACUGAAAACAAUUACUAAGAACCCAUUGUAAACUCAUGCUAGCGCGAACGAUGUGCGUUACUGUUGUCAUUGCCAGUCAAUAAUGUAGCUACAAAUGCUAAUUUUAUUAAAUUGUUUGUUAGUAAAAACAAAACAAAAAAUAAACAAAUCGCUAAACGAAUGAUACAAAUCAAAGUGGAACAAGUUGCUGUUACCAUCCCGCAGCUCAGUUAAAGAAGUGGCAGUAGCUCACAAGAUAUUCCUAAUAUUGAAAUCUUUUUUCAUAGUUUGUACAGUAAUAGACAAAAGACGACUGUUGGAUUUUCAGGAUUAAAAUGUUUCUGUGUAAAACAAACAAAUGAACAAAACGAAUAAGAUAUGAAAGGGGAAGAGUACAAUAAACAUGGAGAAGCAAAUACUAGAAAAUCUCGAUCGUUGCUUAGUUAGGAACCGUUUGUUUGUUUCUAAUUUUCUGUUUAUGUUUAGUUAUGUUUAAUGCAACGUUUUGCAAUGAAUAUAUAUAUAUCUAUAUACAAUGUUACUUCCUUUUCCUUCCACCCACCAACGGGCAGGUGGUAAGUGUGUCUGCGAUGUAACGAGCGAAAACAAAACACUAACCUCCAGUGCGUACUGCAUUGACAAGUUUUUAGCACCAAUACAUUCGAGAACCAAGUAGCAGUGGCCAGUACCAAUAGAAUGGUUGGGAGAUGAAUCAAUGAAAAAAACAAGUGUGGAAAACGAAACACAAAUAUAUCAUGUGCAUGCAUUACAUUACUAGACCACACUAUAAAAAGGAAGAAAAAGAAAAAAGAAAUAAGUCAAAAACGAACCAAAACUUCUUAAACAAAUCUUAAGACACUACAAGAAAACGUUAGAUAUAAAACAGAGUGAAAAACGUAACAAAAAACAAAAUAACACUCAAUCGCUUAAACAAUCGCGCACACAUACACAGAAGAGAAAAUAAAGUUGAUAAUAAGAGUUGAUAAUCACACGAUAGAUAAAACGUUAGCAUCUUUGAGGAAACAGAAAUGACCGAAAAAAGAAGAAAAGAAGGAGAGAAAGAAAGAGAGAGAGAGAGAAAGAGAGAAAGAGAAAUAGAAAACAGAGAAGAGAGCUAGAAACAGAAAGAGGAUGAUAAACAAUAAGGUUAGAAAGGCGGACAGUCUGUUAACACUUCAUUAUAUUCUAUUCAUCUCUAAUACCCCUCACAACACCGAACACAACGAUGUACACCUCUCUUUCUCUUUCGCUCUAUGAUAUAUUGCAUAUACAUACUUAAACACGAGUACACAGUUCACGUAUAUUCCCACACACCGAGAUGAUGUAACACUUGCACAUUAUAUCCCCCCCCCCUCCCCCCUCCCUCCACUCCACAAACUAAAAACAGCAUCAGCAGCAACAACAAACACACACAAAACCAAGCAAAAUAAAAAGACAACCAACCAAUUCUAUGCGCAAUUUUGUCCUAAAACACGUCAUGAAUGUGUGCGGCUUAAGAUGGGGCGCAUGUGGAAAAAUUAUAAAAAUAGAGAAAAAUAAGAAUUUAAUUAAAUGGAUCAAAACAAAUCAGAAUGAAA